AUGCUGGAGAUUCGGCAUAUAAUCAAAGGAAUGGAGCAUUCAGUAGCGACAAUAAGACCCACAAAUUCCACACUGUACGAUAUAGACCUAUAUAUACAGCUUUCAACAAUGAAGGUGAUUACACUCUCUGCUCUUGUGGCCGUUGCCCUCGCCCGCCCUGAAAACACAGCGUCCUAUAGCUAUAGCGCCUCAACGCCUUCUUUAGCAUCUGCGAAGUACGACUUUAACUACGUCGUCAACGACCCACCAUCUAGUAACGACUUCGGUCAUCAGGAGGCCCGAGAUGGCCCCAACACUCAGGGUUCGUACUUCGUCCUCCUUCCCGAUAGCCGUCUUCAAAGCGUUAACUAUAAUGUGAACGUGGAUUCUGGUUACUUGGCAGAGGUCUCCUACGAGGGAGAGGCCCAGUACCCUUCCACACCACGCCCCUAUAAACCCGCCUCUCAGAAUGCUUAA